AUGAACUUCGAGGACGUCCGGGAAGAAUUACUUUCGACAACUGCUGGAAGAAAGAAGGAUUCAUCAGGAGAAUCUCUCUUUCUUCCAACUCUUUUCUUCCAUUCCGCUUUCUUCCAUGUGCAUGUGGUUCCAUCGUACGCAAGCAGAAGAUACCAGAAGAUGCUCGUAAGUUGGAUUUUAUUAACUACCUCUCUUAAGAAGCCAACCGAUCACCAUGCAGCAGAGGAAUCACAGACGUCGAGGAAAAGAUGUUGUGAGUUACAGGACAGCCCAGAAGUGUCUAGAUUUGCCUGA